AACGUGGUAAUCUGGGUGAAUUUUAACAGUGAUUCUUAAUAACAAUCCAAAGAAAAAAUAAAUAGCACCUACAGUAUUUUAUUCGCAAUUUACUCAAACGACACAAUUUUAUUAGUUUACAGGUUCAGCGUAAGAAGCACGACCAUGUGCAAUCUACGGGUGCUGUUGAUGGCUUAUAUUGUCAUCGUUGUCAUCGGAAGCGCUCAACGAACACAACCAGAACAUCACGUUAUUCCACACGAAGAUAUCAUGACGACAGCCGAUAUAUUCUCGGAAGAAGGAGUGACAUCUUACUCCCAGUUAUUGUUUGACAUAGCCAGAAAACAAAUGGUGGUUGGUGCAAGAGAUAACUUAUACCGCCUGGACCUGGACGGUUUAAAGAAAAUUGAAGCGACUCGAUGGCCGGCUACAGAAGAUAAGGUACAACUUUGUUUGAUAAAAGGCCAAAGCGUAGAUGAUUGUCGUAAUUACGUUAAGGUGCUUUUGGCAACUGGUAAAAAGUUGUUCGUAUGUGGUACUGGAGCUUUUUCACCCCAAUGCACGUGGCGAGAGAUGGAAAAUACUACUAAUAUCAUUGAAGCAGUUCGAGGUGUAGGUAAAUGCCCGUACAGUCCCUUAUCAAAUAUUACAGCGAUGAUAACUCUAAACGGUCAAUACUUUGCCGGUAGUCCAAUGGACUUUUCAGGCGCGGACUCAGCUAUAGUACGAGAUUUGGGUGCUACAUAUUUGCGCACCAAAAACUAUGACUCCAAGUGGCUGAAUGAACCGCAAUUUGUCGGAUCAUUCGAGACGGACGCCUACGUUUACUUUUUGUUCAGAGAGAGUGCUGUGGAGUACAUUAACUGUGGUAAAAGGGUUUAUUCGAGAAUAGCAAGAGUAUGUAAGAAUGAUGUAGGAGGACAAACUAUGAUGCGUGAUAAUUGGACGACAUUUGUGAAAGCUCGUCUGAAUUGUUCCCUUCCCGGCGAAUAUCCUUUUUAUUUUGACGAAAUUCAGGGUAUGACUUACCUACCGGAUGAAGGAUUAGUGUAUGCUACGUUUACAACACCAAGUAAUGGAAUUGCCGGCUCAGCAGUGUGCAGUUUUAGUUUAACUGCUAUUAAUGCCGCCUUUAAUGGUCCAUUUAAACACCAAGCGACAGUCGAUUCAGAAUGGGCUCGGUAUACUCCUCCAAACCACCAACCUAAUCAUGGUCAAUGUCAAAGACAAGACCCUAAUCAAAUACUCGAUUCUUCUAGGUAUCAAUUAAUGGAUAAUGCAGUUCAACCUACAACAUUAGAACCAUUAUAUUAUAAACCAUUGGAAAUUUUAACACAAAUUGCUGUAGACGUUGUGGCAACUAAACCACAUGGCACAUUAAAAGUUUUAUACUUAGCAACUUCAUCAGGGACAAUAAAAAAAAUUACUAUUUUACCCAAAACGUCUGUAACGUGUACUUUAGAAGAAUGGAAUCUAUUUUCCGAAGGUUUUGAUUCUCAAAUAAUGGCCUUGCAUUUUAUAAAAGUCACUGAAUCCAUAUAUGUCGGAACUAAAGAUCGAGUUCUUAAGAUACCAGCUCAACAUUGUGGAAGACACAGAAGCAAGGAAGCGUGUAUGAACGCAAUGGAUCCCUAUUGUGGAUGGAAUGAACACGUUGAUAAAUGCCAACCUCCUACAAAUGGUAAUAUACUGGAACAUAGUUGGAGGCAAGACGUUACUAAGUGUCCAGAUCGUUCAAGACCUGUAGAUGGAGGGUGGUCUAGUUGGUCAGCUUGGUCACAAUGCAUACAAAAUAUCAACGGCAAAGACUCUGCAGACCAAUGUUUAUGUUCUAGUAGGUCGUGCAACAAUCCUGAACCUAAGUUUGGUGGAGCUGAUUGCCAAGGAUCAACAAUUCAAGUAACAAAUUGUACUGUUCAUGGACAAUGGUCUAGUUGGUCAGAUUGGUCAGCGUGCACGCAAAGCUGUGGAUCCGCUGUGAAAGUAAGAAAAAGGACAUGUGGUAACCCUGCGCCAGCGUUUGGCGGCCGUGUUUGUGUGGGACGUGAUACGGAGGAGAUAUUUUGCCAUUCAAAUCCACCUUGUCCAGUUUUGCCACCAAUUAUAAAAGAACCUAGUUGGAGUUCUUGGGGACCUUGGAGUAAAUGUUCGGCAAAAUGUGGAGGUGGUUUCCGGCAAAGAUCUAGAUAUUGUAACAAUCCAUCUCCUCGAGAAGGACAAGAUUGUAGUGGGUGCUCAGAAGAAUAUGAACUUUGCAAUCAAAAACCAUGUGUCGAAAGUAAAAAGGUAUCAUCUUGGACUCCAUGGAUAUCUACAGGAAAUAGCACCCAUAAGAGAUUUAGGUUUUCAUGUCGAACUCAACAAGACCAGACCUCAAUUAGUAUUAUCCAAGAUAAAGAAGAAAGCAAACUUUGUCAAGAUGGAACAUGUCAUCGAUUAGAUCAAGUAUCAGAUUUAGAAGAGUCCUGGUCUGAGUGGUCAAACUGGAGCUCUUGUUCAUCUGAUUGUGGAGGUGGUAAUCAAAUAAAAACUAGAACAUGUGAAGGUUCAUCUGAAAACUGUGAAGGACCCGCUAAGUUAACUAGACCGUGUAAUACACAAAAAUGCAAAGGUGAGUGGAGUUGUUGGACUGAUUAUGGUGAAUGCUCAGUUACAUGUGGAGAAGGUGUAAGAAAACGAACCAGGUUUUGUAUGGUGAAUGGUAUAGCCGCAGAAGGUUGUGAAGGCUCAUCAGUUAGCCAAGAACCAUGUUAUAUGCCAUGUGAAGCAAUGGUAUUUGGAUGGGACAAUUGGUCAGAAUGGUCUGUUUGUGACAUAGAUAAUCAAAAACACCGUACUCGAAAAUGUUUAUUGGAACAAUGUUUAGGAUCUGAUGUGGAAUCCAUACCAUGUUUUGAUGCCAAUGUUAUUCAAGUAUCAAGUAGCUCUACAUUGCUAAUCUGUUUGUUGUCAUUUAUAAUGGGAGCUUUACUGGCCUUUUUAUCACUUUAUGUGUGGAUAAAACGACAAAAACCUAAACUUCCAAGUAGCCCUCAUUAUAUUACUUCAAAGCAAAACCCGUAUGUCACUGUUCCUAUGAAGGAUUAUCGGUCUCCGGCUAAACGCACUCCAUCAUUUACUAAACCAGUAAUAAUUGGACAACAACAAAAUGGAACAUUGCCAAAAUUAUUUGCUAAACCAGCAGAAUACGAGACUGCCACUAUUAAAAGAAAUAGCCAUAGUUUAAUAAAUGGUCAUAUGAGGUCAACCCAGCAUGAUUUGGAACAAGAAAAAUUCUUUUAAUAAAAUGGUUUAUUAAAGCUCAUUUAAGGGUUUUAAAAAUUACUAGUCAUUUUUAACAAUAAAAAUGUUUAAAUAAAUUUAAUAUACCUAAUAAAAAAAAAGUGCAGCUAUAAAAUAAUAAUAAUGAUAAUUUUAUUUCAAAUAUAGAAUAAUUAGUUUUAUUAACUGAUAAUUUUGAAAAUAAAUUAAAAUAAUUUAUUUAAGAUUUUGAGUCAAUUUUAUUUAUUGAAGAAUGUUUUAUUUUAUUAAUUUUUUUGACUCAUUAAUACAUUUAAAAAAUGUGAUUAAUUAUGUAUUUAAUUAAAGUUAAGUUAAAUAUUUAACAAAUUAAAUCAACAUAAUUUUUGAAUCUCAAAAAAAUACUUUGUUGACGUUUCACAAUAAAUAAGUUUUUUAUUACCCCACUUAUAUUCAUGGGGUUGGUCACUAAAUAAAUACCAGAAUAUGAAACUAUCUGUCAUAAAUGAACUAUUUUUUAUUUAAUUAAUUAUGACAAUAACAAAUGUGUUAAGAAAUCAAUCCAUACUAUCAUAUCUACUUGAUAUUAAAAUUUAUUAUUUUUUUGUAUUAUGCUGUUAAUAAAUUAAGUAUAAUUUUAUAAUUAUUGACUGAGUUGCAUUGUUUUUUAGUUAAGUUAAUGAAACUUUUGAACAAAUUGUAUCUUAUACAUAUCCAUAAGUAACUCAUAUUGAGUUAAUUCAGAAAUGUAAAUAAGUAAUUUUGUUUUAUUGUAUAUACAAUUUUUUUCACUUAAAAACUUGUUUAUAUCAAUGCCUAGUGUAUAAGUUUUCUGUAAU